AUGAAUAGGAAAAAGGCCCUAAUUCGAUCCAAGCAGAAAUGUACAGCUCUGAUAACAACACUAGUGAUAUUGUUCACUUUGAAAUGGCGGACUAAUGUUGACUCUCGGAAUCCAUGGAGGCCCAUGAAGAAAAGCCAAUAAUCUACACUAUGGAAAACAAGCCGAUUGUGACAUGUGCUGGCGACCAGAGCCUGUUCACUUCCCUCUACACCUCUCUGGCACAGCAGUUACCCAGGGAGCCCAUGGAGUGGAGGAGGUCCUACGGACGCGCACCAAAGAUGAUUCACCUCGAGGCCAACUUUGUUCAGUUCAAAGAGGAGCUGCUUCCCAAGGAUGGAAACAGAGCCCUGCUCACCUUCCCCUUCCUACACAUAUACUGGACAGACUGUUGUGACACAGAGAUGUACAAGGUGUCGGUGAAGGAUGACAUCUGGGUGGCAGAUACCCUGCGGCUGCACGGCUCGGUGGACUGGCUCAUCGUGGUGGUGGAGAGCGAAGCCAAGAAGAAGAACAAAACCAACAUCCUGCCGCGCACCUCCAUCGUGGACAAGAUCCGCAACGACUUCUGCAACAAGCAGAGCGACAGGUGUGUGGUUCUGUCGGACCCUCUGAAGGAGUCGUCUCGCUCCCAGGAGUCGUGGAGCUCCUUCCUGACCAAGCUGCGCACCCUGCUGCUCUUGUCCUUCACCAAGAACCUGGGCCGCUUCGAGGAUGACAUGCGCACACUCCGCGAGAAACGCACUGAGCCCGGCUGGAGCUUCUGCGACUACUUCAUGGUGCAGGAGGAGUUGGCCUUUGUGUUUGAGAUGCUGCAGCAAUUUGAGGAUGCCCUGGUCCAGUAUGACGAGCUGGAUGCUCUCUUCACUCAGUAUGUCCUCAACUUUGGGGCUGGAGACGGGGCCAACUGGCUGGGCUCGUUCUGUGCCCCGGUGAAGCGCUGGAACGGGCUGCUCCUGCGAAGGCCCAUCGACAUGGAGAAGCGCGAGCUGAUCCAGUGCGGCGAGGCCAGCCUGCUGGACCUGCGCAGCUACCUGUUCUCCCGCCAGUGCACCCUGCUCAUCUUCCUCCAGAGGCCUUGGGAGGUCACCCAGCGAGCCCUGGAGCUGCUGCACCAGUGUGUGCAGGAGCUGCGCCUGCUCGAGGUGUCUGUGGUCCAGGGGGCGUUGGACUGCUGGGUGUUUCUCAGCUGUCUGGAAGUGCUGCACAGGAUCGAGGGCUGCUGCGACCGUGCCCAGCUGGAGGCCAACUGCUCCCACACUGUCGGCCUGUGGACCUACGCCACCGAGAAGCUCAAGUCUCUGGGCUACCUGUGUGGCCUGGUGGCAAAGAAAGGCCCCACCUCAGAGGACCUAAACCGCACUGUGGACCUUCUGGCUGGCCUGGGGGAAGAGAGACCAGAGACCGUCAACAGCCUGCAGAGCCCUUACAAAAAACUCAAUGAGGCCUUAUCGUCUGUGGAGGCAUUUGAAAAACACUAUCUGGAGCUGUCUCAUGCUGCUAUGGAGAUGUACAGAGCCAUAGGCAGGAAGCGUUCAGCCCGGCUCGUUGGGAAGAGUCUCGCUGAGUUUUACAUGAAGAAAGGUGACCCGGAGAGAGCAGAGGGCUUCCUGGAGGACUCUCUGAGGUCAUGUGCAGAGGGGUGGAGCCUGCAGGUGACUCAUACCAGGAAGCAGAUGGCUGAGUGUCAGAAGCUCCUGCAGCAGACUGAGGACUACCUGCAGACCAGUGCCCUGCUGGCAGGCGACGCCAACCUGACAGAGGAGGAGAGGAAGCACUUCUGCCAGGAGAUCCUUACCUUCGCCAGCCAGCCCCCAGCACCCUCAGACCAAACUGUGGCUCUGAGCAUGGUGGCAUUCGCUCAGCUGCGCCAGAUGCAGUUCAGCCCGCCUGGCGCCGUGGUGCACGUGGGUGCAGCCCUGCAGCUGGAGCUGUGCUUACGCUGCCAGAUGCCUGUGGCCGUGCAGGUGGAGCAGCUGGCUGCCACUCUCCACUUCAGCCUGGAGCAGGGCGGGGCGAGAGGCCGGGCGGGCAGUGCCCAGAGGAGGACGGGCCAAGGACCACAAGGCCAGGGGGACGGGGUGAUCCUGUUCCCCCAGGGAAGCCUGCUUGCUGGGGCUGGUAUGGGCGCCACGCUCCCCCCCGCCCUGGAGCUUUGUGAAAUGCAGGACCGCAGCCCGUCGGACAGCUCGCUCAACUCCACGGGGGUGGUGUGUAAGAAUAUGCAUCUGCUGCUGCGGCGCCACGACAGCUCAGCCUCCCUGGACACGCCCACCGCCGGGGCCCUCCCGGCAGCGGUCGCCGUGGACGACGGGGCCCAAAUGCUGAGGGGCGCGGACAUAACGCUGCAGCCCGGCGACAACAGCAUUCUCUUCACGGCCCCGACCGGAGAGCCGGGCUCGUACACAUUGCGUCAGCUGUGCGGGAGCGUGGGGAGAGUCCAGUUUGUCCAGUCUCACAUCUACCCUGUGGUGCAGUACGAGGUCUACUCCCAGGAGCCUCAGCUCACCAUCGAGCCCCUCUCAGACAACCUGUUGGCAGGCAUUCCCCAGAAGGUGAAGUUCACCAUAGCAACGGGCCACUACAGUGUGAAGAAGGGUGACGCGCUGCAGCUUAGCAACACAGACUCCAUGCCCAUCCUCCACUCAAGCUGCUGCUCUGCUACCAUCCUGUCCAGCACGGGAGAGCACGUGGGGGAGAGUGGUCUUUCCAUCCAAUCAUCGGAGAAGGUGACCAGCAUCUCCCUGCCCCCCACCCCUCCCUACCACACCCUGGAGUUCCAGCUGGAGGUGCUGUGCCACAUCCCCUCCACGCCCUUCAAGCCCGACAGCGAGCGUCUCACCAACGGCGAGGUCCGCCACCGGCCCAAGAGCCACAGCCAUUCAGACAGUGCCAUGAUCAACAUCGACCAGAAGGUUUCCAUCGACUGUCCUUGGUCCAUCUACUCCACGCACAUAUCCCUAACCUUCUAUGUCCCCUUCAAAGCCAAGCACUCAAUACUCUCUGCUGGGAAAAGGAAGUACAUACAGGUGUGUCUCCAGAACGUGUCCGACACAAACUUCCAUCUGGCGGACCCGGUCCUCACAGAGCGCCAGCCCACAACCUCCGUGGAGCUACUUUCACUCAAUGCUAAAACACAACAGCCGGUGUGCAGUCAGCAGUCGGUGUUCUGCCUGUGGGAGAUGCGGUGGGCCAAACACCUGCCGCUGUGCCUGCAGUGUCCUUCAAACCCUAUCGCUACGGAGUUCCAGCUGGACCGGGUCUCUACCCUUUACAGCUUGAAGGCCGAGAUCUUGCCGCCGUCCGGCGACCAGCACUGUCGCACCGGCGCCCUCUGUGGCCUCGAGGUGUCCAUCACACGGCAGGCGGAGCCCAGCGAGACUGAAGGGGAGGAGGAGGAGUCUACAGAAAUAGAGGGCCUGAGGACCACCAAGCUCAUGAUGAAGGUAGGACACGGGAAGGUGUUGGUGGACAACAGCAGUAACUGGGCGGUGUGUGGCAAGAGCUCGGGGGUGGUGUCCAUGCCCGUGGCUUCCAGCGCCACACACAGGGUUCAGAUGGAGGUCAUGCCCCUGUUCGCCGGGCACCUGCCCUUCCCCAACAUCAAAGUGUUCAAGUACCUGCCCCACAGUGCCGUCCCAGCCAUUCAGCCCGACACAGACAGCUGCUUAGAGAACGACAACAUAUCCCUGCUGGACAAAGGCCUGGACGACCAGGGCGACACAGCCAGCAUCCGUAGCCGGGGCAGUGUCCACUCGGUGGGCAGCGGGGAGCAGCAGAGGGGUCUGCCCAUGCCCCGCCUGGAACCCUUCAGUCCGGGACAGGUGUUCAAUUGGAGCCAGGGGCGGCAGGUGCUGGUGCUUCCCGUUACUGACGACCAUGUGAUGGAGGUUAACAUCACAUGACCCCUGUGGGCCACUGCAGCUCCCCCCCCUGCCGUGCUCCCACCACGCCUGGACCUCUGUGGUUUGGUUCCUGGCUGUGGUUCUGGAACCGGGAGAUGGCCUGGCGGCAGGGAACUGACACUGGCUCUCCUCUCAGGACUCAUUGCUGGCCGGCCACUGGCCCUCCUCCCUGCUCCUGUUCUGGCCUGAGAGAUCCAUCUGCUGUAUUUUUAUCUUCUUGUCAAUCUUUUUCAGCAUUCAUUGAAUUCUCAUAUGAAAAUACCCCUCCCCCCACUGUCAGAGAAGAGGGUUUGGUGUACCUGUAAAACUAGCUCUCUUAUUGGUUCCUGCUCCGUGGACACAGUAAACCACUUAGAACUGUUCCCAGAACUGUUCUGCUUAGAACCCCCCCCACACACCUGUGAUCUGCUUGCUGUUUCCACUGAUCAUCAACACAAAACCUGCUGUAUGAGGCACACAUGCACACACUAACGUGUGUUUGGACAGGGUUGCAACGGUGUGUGGUUGUGUUUGUAUUGGUUCGUGUGUGUCACUGUCUGUGCAUGACAUGGCAAGUUGUGAUGGAUGAAGGGAAAGAGCGGGGCCAGUUAAUCCUGUGUGUGUGUGUUAGCAAUAUCUACCCCACUUUUCCACCUCACUCACUUCCAGCCCCUUGCCCCCAAACCCUGCUGAAUCCUCUUUCCUUUGCUAUAGCCAUAGCGCCACCCUCUGGCCACUGUACAAACUGUUCAAUAAGUACAUAUUAUUCCAGAGGAAUCACUGUACUGACUGACUGUGCAAAGGCUGCACCAAAAACAAAUUGUCUCGAAGGAAUAUGUUAGAGAAAAAUAUACUUUUUGUUUUCCAGCAGGUGUGAGGCGCACUUAAUCCGAGUACUAAUGAACACAUGCUUUUGGCUCUGGAAGAGGACCUAUUUUUGCCUUAUUCUUUUGUUUAUGUUUUAAGGUUCACCAAAAUUGACUUAUUCAAGUAUUGGCGAAAUCUGAGAACAAUGGGAUGAAAUUGUACUUGGUUGUUUUCAGAUACUUUUUUGGCUGAAAGUGACCGUCUGUUCAAAGUGUUACAAUCAUUUGUUCUGUCUGACUUCGUGGUUUACUUGAAUGCUGAGCAGGUAAAUUCUAUGUUUAGUAAAUGUGGUGUCCAACCUUUUUUAUUGUCUCAGACAUUCGCUGUUGCUACGGUAACUGUGUCAGGAACAGCACUUUAUCAUGGCACAAUUCUUUAAUAAAAACAACAACAAUUUAGAAGGAGGGGAAAUUC